AUGCUCAUCCGCUUCCUAGCAGUAACAGCGCUGACUGGCAGCAGCGUCUGCAUCCGGAGGGGAUCCAAAGACAAACUAGACACACUGAAGAAAGGCAGCUUCAACCCUAUGAGGAGCCAAGUAGAAAUGCUGCACCGUCACCAAGGGCGCCAUCUUGAGAACUCCAACACAAAGGACUUCCAGGAGCUCCAUCUCUUUGUCAUCUAUUCAUCUGCGCUCCCUGCGGACCACCGGACCCCGAGAGACCACGUUCUGGGGGACUUUAAUGCACCCCCAUCCCCCACCCGAGCCUGUGGCAUCCUGAUGGCCACUGCUGUUGCCGCCUCUUCGCUAUCCGGCUCGUCGGUGUCCACAGACGAGCUACCGCCCCAGGGAGGCACCGACAAGACCGAGGAAGAGCUGGAGAACGAAGAUGAGACCCUGGCAAAGAGACUGUGGGGCCUGGCAGAGAUGUUCCCAGAAAGCAUCCGGUCUGCUGCGGAAGCUACUUUUGACCUCUCCCUCUCUGUAGCCCAGAAAAUGUACUGGUUCUCCAGGGCAGCUCUGUGGAUUGGGACCACCUCCUUCAUGAUCCUCGUUCUGCUGGUUGUCUUUGAAACAGAGAAGCUCCAGAUGGAGCAGCAGCAACAACUACAACAGUGGCAGAUCCUCCUAGGCCCUAACACAAGUCUGUCUGGAGGGAUGCCCGGGGCCCUGCCUCCACUUCCUGGAAAGAUUUAGAGAGGAUCCACUGCA